AUGGACUUUCUCAAAGUUUCAGACAAGACAACAAUUCCAUGUAGAAGUAGUGACUCUAUGUUUGGUUUGAAUCAGCAACAAUACAAAGAUUCAUCUUUUGGAUUUAGAGACAUGGAGAUUCAUCCUCAUCCUCAUGGACCUCAUCUCAUUCCUCCUUAUUCAGGAAAUGGAGUUUUGGGUUGUUAUUAUUAUUACCCUUUCACAAACGCACAAUUGAAGGAGCUUGAGAGACAAGCGAUGAUUUACAAGUACAUGAUUGCAUCUGUUCCUGUUCCUUUCGAUCUCCUUGUUUCUUCAUCAUCCUCUGCUUCUCCCUGUAAUAAUAAGAACAUGGCCGGAGAUUUAGAGCCGGGAAGAUGCCGGAGAACAGACGGAAAGAAAUGGAGGUGUGCUAAAGAAGUCGUCUCUCAUCACAAAUACUGUGAGAGACACUUACACAGAGGCCGUCCUCGUUCAAGAAAGCAUGUGGAACCUCCUUACUCUCGCCCUAACAACAAUGGUGCCUCUGUAAAAAACAGAGAUCUCAAAAAUAUACCUAAGAAGCUAGCUAGUAGUUCCGUAAAGGAGAAGAUACUUGAGCCAAUGGAGGUUUCACCAUCUCUUUCAAACUACAGAGAAUCUAGAGGAAGCGAGAUGUUUCCUGUAUCGGCGACAACAGACCAAGAAAACAAGUAUCUCAACUUCAUCGAUGUUUGGUCCGAUGGAGUAAGAUCAUCAGAAAAACAGAGUACAACAACUUCAACUCCUGUUUCUUCAUCCAAUGCCAACCUCUCUCUUUACUCGCUUGAUCUAUCAAUGGGAGGAAACAACUUAAUGGGCCAAGACGAAAUGGGCCUGAUCCAAAUGGGUUUAGGCGUAAUCGGGUCGGAUCGUGAGGAUCAUCAUCACGGGUAUGGUCCUUAUGGUGUGGCUUCAUCACUAGAGGAGAUGUCAAGCUGGCUUGCUCCAAUGUCUACCACGCCUGGCGGACCAUUAGCGGAGAUACUAAGGCCUAGUCCAAAUUUGGCUAUCUCCGGCGAUAUUGAAUCGUAUAGCUUGACGGCAACUCCGAGCUCGUCGCCAUCUAGAGUGGUGAAGAAGACGAUGACUAGUUCAGUGUCUGACGAGAGCAGCCAGAUUUAGAGAUUAUGGAGCUUGGUAAUAAAGACUUUUUGUUUUGGUUUCUUUGUUUCUUUGUUUUUUUCUUGGCCUUUAUUUAAUCUUGUUGUAAACAGUCACUUUGA